CGCGCUGCACAGUCAGCUUCGCGACAGGUGAAACGGUGCACGCUUCGCGCGUAAAACACAGUUCAAAAUUCGAACCACGUCUUGCGCACCGCAAUUCACUUUUACUUUUUCCGCUCUUAUAUAAUAUUUAAUUCGUUAUCUGUGCUGCGUUUUGAUCUUUUUAAUUGUGAAUAAGUAUAAUAUUUGAAAAAAAGUUAUAAUUAACAUGUUAAUUCAUACUUGAAGUUGUGAUCAUAGUGUUGUGCUAAUGAUUGCAGUGAUAGUGAUACCAUAGGGAUGCGAGUUUUUAACUCGUUCAGACAAGUCAGCUGAUCUUUGUUUGUCAGCAGGUUCUACGCGCGACAAAACACAGUGUACAAUGCUGCCUGAAAAUGCAGGUGGCUGCAUCAACAAGGCUUUCGAGAGUGUAGACGAUGGGUUCCAGACCAUCGACCUGCGCAUCAGGAGAGAGGACGGGGACAGGAAUGACAGAAAUGGAGAAUGGUCAGCGGAGCGCGAUCUCCGUUGUGGCUGGGGAGUGCUGCGACCAGCAUGGCUGCAGCGCUUCCGCACCGCUAAAUGGGCGCUAUUCUGGUUGUGCUGGGCUGGAGCUAUACAAGGAAUGGUCGUGAAUGGUUUUGUGAAUGUGGUGAUAACCACGAUAGAGAGGAGGUUCGGUCUCCGAUCGAUGCAGACUGGAGUUAUUGCUGGCGGGUACGACAUGGCAUCCUUCGCUUGCCUGGCUCCAGUCACAUACCUUGGAGGCCGAAGCAGUGCAUCCAAGCCGAGAUGGCUGGGCUGGGGCGUGCUGCUCAUGGGCAUUGGGUCCCUACUCUUCGCUUUACCACACUUCCUCAUACCACCGUACAAAGUGGCUGGCGAGGAACCGGACGACCUGUGCAUAGUCAAUCAGACUGCGUCUAGCUCGUGGAAGGACGCGCCUGGGGAGGGCGGCGCGUGGGCAGUUGCCGUGUUUGUGGCGGCGCAGCUGCUACACGGCGCGGGCGCGACGCCUCUGUUCACACUCGGUGUUACGUACAUAGAUGAGAACGUGUCUAAGAAAAUGUCCUCUGUUUAUCUAGGUGUUUAUUACACGAUGGCGGUGGUUGGUCCGGCACUGGGCUACGUGGUGGGCGGUCAAAUGCUCAAAAUAUACACAGAUUUUGCCACAGUCGAUUCAGAAACGUUAGGCAUAACCCCUUUAAGUUCUUCUUGGAUUGGCGCCUGGUGGGUCGGCUUCAUAUUCUCAGCGGUGCUGUGUUUGGUCGUUGCCUUACCAUUACUUGCCUUCCCAUACGAGCUCCCAGGUGCUGCUGAAAUACGAGCGUCGAAAAUAUCUGAAGCACACGAAGGUGCAGCUACAAAAACAGCAGCUUUCAGCGCUUUACGUGAACUACCGAAAGCGACUGCAGCGCUAUUUAAAAAUCCUACAUUUAUGUUUUUGAAUCUCGCCGGAGCGAGCGAAGGGAUGCUUAUAUCAGGUUUCGCAGCGUUUCUACCUAAACUAAUUGAAAAUCAAUUUGCUGUGAAUGCGUCGCAAGCUGCAAUGUUAUUAGGUGUCAUAACAGUGCCGGCGGGGGGAGGAGGGACUUUUCUUGGAGGCUGGCUGGUAAAGCGUUGGAGAUUGACGUGUGCGGGCAUUAUCAAGUUGUGUGUGGUCGCUACAUUACUGGCUGUAGUUUUUUCAUUUUCAUUCGUGCUCAGCUGUGAUAACUAUCCGUUUGCUGGUGUUACCAUACCUUACAACAGUCCUAGCGUCUCAGGCGGCGACCGGCUGUCGGCGGAGUGCAACGCGGGCUGCGCGUGCGGCGCGCGCGCGGCGGCCGUGUGCGGCGCCGACGCGCGCGCCUACGCGUCGCCGUGUCGCGCCGGCUGCGCGCGCGCGCUGGCCCGCGGCGCGCACACGCUGUACCAGCGCUGCGCCUGCGUGGCGCCCGUCGCGCCGCUGCCGCUCUACUACGACGCAGAAACUAACACUUCGAUACCGUACGAAGCCAUAAAUAGCACUUGCAGCUCCGAAUGUCCCUAUCUCUGGCUGUUCGUAUUCCUCUCGUUCUGCCUCAUGCUCUUCACGUUCGUAGCGACCAUGCCCGCACUCUCCGCCACCUUGAGGUGCGUGCGCGAGGAGCAGCGCUCGUUCGCGCUGGGCCUGCAGUGGAUCGUGGUGCGGCUGCUGGGCACCAUCCCCGCGCCGCUGCUGUUCGGCUUCCUCAUCGACCGCGCGUGCCGCCUGUGGGCCGCCGGCGCCUGCGCGCUCUACGACAACGUGCACAUGAGCAGGUACAUGCUAGCGCUCGCGUUAGCCGGCAAGUUGUGUUCGCUGCUUUUCUUCUUCUUCGCGUGGUGGUUCUACCGGCCGCCCGGCGGGAAGAGCGACAACGCCGUCGCCCCCGCCGCCGACGCGCCGGGGCGCGACAAGGCCAACGGUAGCCUGCCGACGGUCACCACUAUAGCCAACGGUACUCUGGACAGAAGUAACGGUUACUGCAACGCAGCACUCGAGUGUAGUGACCAUUUGUGAAUGUGUCACUUUUAAUUUAGUCUGAGUGCGUUGUGAGCCUUUUGUUUGAAGUGUCGGUGAUAUUGAAUGAGGCGGCGUUGUCUGACCUUAUUGAUGGUUUCGGAACUGCGAGAAACGAGAACACUGCGACUGAUCAUUCUUGAAACGUGAAAUACUGCGCGUUUCAGUUUAUUAUCUGAAAUCGAUAAUGGAUACACGAUUUAUUUGAAUUUUAUUGCUUAAUUGAUAAAAUAAACCUGCAGCAUUACCAACGGAUGUGAAAUUCUGAUUUUUCAUCGUAAUAUUCAAAUGCAUUAAUGAAUCCCAUAAACAUUCUAAUUGUCUUGAAAACUGUGGUACUAAUUACAAAGGUCACUCUAUAAGAUAUAUUUUAACGUGUAUACUUUUUAUUCAAUGUAUUAUUUUAUGAACAUUUGGACUUUACAAAAGAGUUUAUGUAUUAAGUACCAAAAGUUUAAUAAUUCCACAAUCUCGCGACAGCUUCAUAACUCCAUAGUUUUUUGCAGACCAAAUAUAUGUACGUAGGUGGAUUAUACAUCUAAGUGGACUACUUAGAUAUACUUACUUCUGUAAUUAUUUAUAACUAUAAUUCAGACACUGAAUUGUUUUCAAUUUCACUUAGAUUUAGAACUAGUAUUAAUUUAUUGUUACAUAGGUAUCUGUGAUGUGGUAGUUUUACAAUUAU